AUGCUCCGUUGUAGCGAGCCCGGCUGCCAGUUCGCCACCCAGCACCGCCACCACUUCCACUACCACAUGAAGGGACACACGGGAGAGAAGCAAUACACCUGCUCCAAAUGCAAUUACAAAUGUCUAACACGUUCGAUGUUGGUCAGCCACGAGAAGUGCCACUCGUACGUGUACAGGUACCGCUGCUCCAGCUGCAAAUUCUCCGCCAAACAUGCGCACGCUCUGACAGUGCACAUUGAGAAGUGGAACCAC